CUCGAUCCUCUCAAAAAUGCCACCCCCCGACAUCCGGUCAAAAGCCGCCAUCCUCUCCGCAGCGGGGGUCUUUGGCGACGUAAAAAGCGUGGCAAGUGGGCUGAUAGCCGGCUGCAUGAGUGAUUGGGCGUCGGCCUGAUCAUCUUCAAAGUCGUCAUCGUCCUCCGCGCCAUCCGAAGAAGAAGAAGCGGGUCCUCCAUUCUCUUCAUGCGCCGGUGGUGGCGGGAAUUCCGUCACGACUGGCGGAAGAGUCAUCCGAGCCAUAUCUGUCUCCAAAGAUGCCGAAGCCGGUGGUGCUGCUGCCAUGGCAGUCAUUGUGUGAGUGAAAAUGUGGUGGGAGAUGCCUCAGCAUAAGAGGGGACUUCAAGCUCGACAUCAACAAGGCUGAGUGCGCCUUUUGCUUGGCAGGGGGCUGUUAGUCCAGGUUGGGAUAAAAAUAAACAAUGGGAACUAUUGGAUAGAAGCUGGUGCCUAUCGAUGAGAGAUGGGGAUGAACUGCCAAUGUCAGAGACAAAUCAAUCCAGGAGAGGAAAAGAGGUGAGCAAAAAAAAAGUGUCGAGGUUUAUGAUGGAAGAAAAGAGAGAAAAGGAAAAAGCCGUCCCCUACAGUAUCCAGUUUCGAAGACAGUGUUAUUUAGGGUUGAGUGAUAUGGUAAGCUGAGAGGCUGAAUGCGGCUAGGUAAAUGGCUCGGAUUGAAAGGAUCAGAUCGAUCCCCGUGGUUCUGGCCGGGCCAUUGGGUCUUUGUCUCGAUUUCUGGAACAUUGCAGCAGCAGCAACCAUGGGUUCCAUGAGCGGAAGCGAACAUUCAAAUGUGUUUCCUCCCCAGUCCCCAUAAUCGCGGCGGUGCAAAAAACCCAAUCAGGCAGGACCCCGUUGUCUGAUACUACCCGUAUUUUUGAUGCCUAACACUUGACAACUUCUUUCCUUUUUGCCCAUCAUUUCGUCAGUGCUAUUUUCAGAAUCUUUUGAUUGAUGAAUGCUUCUUUCCCCCUUCGUCCGAGUUGUGCUGUUGCUUCUUUGCAAUUUGACGUCAUGGCGCUAACCCCCCCCGCCCGCGCUGGGACUCUGCCGGACCCGCGCCUCCUCCGAGCCCGGUGUAAGGCCGCACGGCACUAACCCCGGAGUGUUUUGUUGGUCUCAAGUGGUGAUAGCAGGCAGAUUCCGAUGCCAAUAGCGUCGAGGCUGAGCCAGCAAUCGCCGAUGAUACCUCCAGUCAAAGUUCCACGACGGCCCUGUCGUGUCGUAAGCCUGCAGAUGUGAUCAACCAGGAAGGAAUUGGUGGUGGGGGUUGGAAAGUCAUGCGAGAAUACGCGGAGCCUUGCCUUGGCCCCAGUGGCACAUCGUGAGACAAAGGGAUCAAUACCAAGCCUCAUUUUUCAGAAGAUUAAGCAAUUCAUCGUGGAGCCUCAAUGCCGUUGCAUUGCAAAUGGAACAUUUCAACGGUCAAGUGCCCGGGUUUCGAAGAGAUUGAAGCUUGGGUGGGGGAGCUGAGCAAAGCAUGUGAUGGUCUGGCCAAAGCUCUGUGCCGUGAACAACCAAACACAGAAUACGUGGGGAAAAGGAAGGGUUCAAAGAAAGCUCAACGAGCUUCAAUUUUGAAGCUCCUACCUGUGACCCUUCAGAGACGUCGUUUGCCUGCCAAUUGCAUCCAGCUUGAAACAGCGAGACAAAAUGAGAUACCACUCAUUCACGUGACCCAGCCUAGCUCCCCACUUUUCUUCUCCCGCAGCCUCCCCCCAGCUUGGCGGGUGCCAAGCCAGCCGCCCAGCAGCCAGCAUCCAGAACGUCAAUUGACGAUUGAGCGUGUCUUGUCGCCGACGACAACCUUCAAACCUCGCACCACCACCCCAUUUUUCCCCAGUUGUAGCAGCCGGCGCAAGCCACUAAACACGUUUCAGAAUGGCCGGCCUCCAGCAUCACAAGGUCGCCAUGGACCCAGCGUUUGUCCGGUUGAACAACAUGCAAAUCAAUCGCUACAAGUACUUCCGCUGGACCCCCCGAACCGGCUUCCUCACCACCCUCUACGUCUUUGUCAUCCCCGGAAUCGUGGGUUACAUCGGCUGGAAGUGGGAUGGCGCCUGGGACCUCCGAGCAAAGCGCAGGGGAGAUCUCAUCGCCGAGCGCUAAACGUGGGAGGCCAGCGGAGGGGAAGUGUACAUUUCUCGAUGAGAAGGGGGCGUCAGAGACAGACACAAAGCAAGCUAUCGGGGGGGGUUAUACAAAAGAACCAUUUCUAGGGUGCAAGAUCAGAAUGAUGUGCUUUGCUUUGGUGACUGUGGAUAUGUUAUCAUUGCCUGAGGCAGACAAAUCCCGUAUAUAUAAAAGUUUACCACUUCCACAGUGAAGCGUGUCUCUCGCUGCAUCACAGACCC